AAAGUUGAUCAAACAACAUGUCAGAAAUAAAAGCAGGUCAGACAUCCUGAAAGUAGGGAGUCCAGGACAAGAAGCUGACCAGGCCACAAGAUGGAGAAACUCUUUCUAUUGAUGGUGAUGUUUGCAACAUGUUGCGCAGCACCACGAGAUAUGUCAGGCAAAGUGUUCACCUUCCCCAGGGAGAGCAAAAUUGAUCUUGUGAAACUCCUGACACAUAAACAAAGCUUCAACGCUUUGACCACCUGUUUAAGAUACCAAACAGAUCUCUCCAGGAACCACGUGCUCAUGUCUUUGGCUACUCCCACAAAAUUCAAUGCAUUCGUGCUCUUUAAGCCCGAACUCGACAACACCAUGAGGAUGCAUGCUCUGGAUGGGGUGGCAGACUUCAAGUCACUGGCAAUUGCUCCAAACACCUGGCACUCUAUGUGUGCCACCUGGAGCUCUGCCACUGGGUUGGCUCAGCUGUGGUUGGACGGCAAGGCGACCAUCAAGAAAUUCAUCAAAACUGGAGCCCUCACUGGACAACCCAUCUCCGUCCUGGGUCAAGAGCAGGACACCUAUGGCGGGGGUUACGAUAUAAAUCAAUCAUUCAUUGGUAUGAUUACUGAAGUCCACAUGUGGGACACCGUCAUCCCCAGCACUGAGAUCAAACGCUAUAUGGCUGAGCAGUACGUCACUCCAGGCAAUGUGUUCAACUGGAGAGCCCUGGAGUUUGAAAUCACAGGACAGGUUUUGGUGGAAGACAUGCGUGAUGUUAAGUAA